GAAAAAAGAAUACUGAACGAAUUUUUAAAUUUAUAUUCAUCAUCGAAAUUUAUUCUAAAUUAUAAAAAAAUUCAAUUUAGUCUUGAUGUAGUGAAUUUCAUGUCGACAAAAACAAACACAGGCCAAAAACUGAAAAACCAUACAAUUAUUUUAAUACCCGAUUGAGUGACUGAAAAUGAAUUUGGCUUUGAGCGCAUUUUUCACUCGUUGAAGGUACUAUCGCCUGAGCGUGUAGAAAAAAUGGAAAAAAUAAAAGUACCGGUAACGACAUCUGGUGGCUCUUAGCUAAGUUGCAAAAAUGGCGUCGUUUAUUUUGAAAUCACGGUUGGUAUUUUUACACACGGUUGGGGCUCCAGCCCGAACUCUGGUUCUCUGUGGUGAAAGUGCGCCAUUGGUGAGAAACACCGCCCCCCGGAAAAAAAUCAUCUUUUCUCGGCCAGAGCCACAGUGGCAUCUCGCCGACAGCCAUCCAAGAAACCGGGAGAUCCCAGAAUCGGGUAGGGCUAAGGACGACCGGGAACGCACAGCGGCUCAAAACGAGGAAAAAAGAAAGGCGUUUUUUAUUCUAGUCGCCAAGCCACCAAUCCAGCGCCACACAAUCCGGUCGCUCUCAGCCCGGAAAGCGUACGAAGCGCAAGGAACCGUGCCGGUACAUACGGAACAAAGAGCCGACAGUUUCGACCGGCGUGUUUGCCUAUCAGCCCCGUCCAAAUCCGAGGCCCAGAAACAGGCGAAGGAAGAAGAGCCAUUAAAAGGGGUCAGGUGUAUACUGACCCCUUUUUUGUAACAGGGCAGAAGGUCCUUGCUGCGAUCCAUCCCGUGAAGAAACUUCAUUCCGGUGGCAACGAGAAAAUCGAACUAGAAAGCAGCGAAACUCUACGUUUACGUUUGCUGGGGCUUUUUUCCCUUUUGUUCGCCAUUUCCAUAGCUCAGCAAUUAACGAGCGCAUCCGAACAUUAAGCCGGGUACCAUUUCCGGGUCAGCAGGCACGUGGUUUGAGUGGACCUUGGCAGAAGGUCCUUGUAGUCAUCCAUUCGAGUGAGGCCGAACAUACAAGCGCAAUUUAUUCCGGAAGCAUCCAGAGCCGUCGAUCAGGAUUGCGUAUUACAUUUUCCGUUUACGAGGCUCAGCAGUGGGCGAGCGGUUCCGAAAUUCAUCCCGGACAUCACUUCCGGUUCUGGCCGCUCAAGCUGGAGCAGUUGUUCCGGGAACGUCCGGAAAAUCCAGCCAGCGAGGAGCGAAUCACUACAUUCAGGCGGUCUGCGUCUACGUGCCGUCGAGUGGCAUUGCACUUUUAUUUAUCGCCCGGAGCAGGAGCGUUUUGACGGGCAUUUCUUUUAGCGAAUCACCGCUAGCCUACUGCUGGAGUUGCGAUCAAUUUUGCAUGCGAUUCGCAUUCAGGAACCAUCUUCGCUGGGAGAACCGGAUAGGCGCGACACUACCGUCUGUGAGUCUUUUCGGUAGUCGAACCGGAAAUCCAAUCACCAGAAGCAGGAUUUUGAAUCCACCCGAGGAUUUAUCCGAGCAGUGGGAGGUGAGCUUCUGUUCUCCACGGCCGUUGGGAAUUGGUCCGCAGAUGACAAGCGUGAGGAGGUGUUUCCGGAAAUUCUGUGGCGCGAGUCAAGCGUCAGCCGGAAGAUACCGCGAUCCGCGGUGUGAGUGCAGCCUGUGGAAGAAAAGUGUACUGGUUUGCCUCGGCGGACGGUCGAAUAGCAAAUCGCAGCGCCAGCGUGGUGCUGAUCAGCGGAAUAUCCGGUCCGCGCCCCUAAGGUUGGACAUUGGGUCGGACAAGGAAGGACAGGGAUCCCCUGGGUCCGCAGGAAUCAAUUUCGUCGUCGUCGAGCGCCACAGCCAAAGCAAUCUGAGCAUGCAUCGGGUCGGAAGCGAACGUCGCUCGAGGAAUCCCGAACAUGGGCACAACAGCAUGCAGCAAUAACUGAUGUAAGUCGCUUUUAUCAUUAUCUUUAUGGGAAGGGAGAAAAUGGGUGACUUUGAAAGUUCGCAACCCUGAAUAAAGUUGCACAAUAUAAUGUCUGUUUGCC